CUCUCUCUCUCUCUCUCUCUCUCUCUCUGUCUCUUUCUCUCUUUUUCAGUGCGUGCAGGCAGAAACAUACUGUAUUAUUUGAAAACAUCAGGAUCAGUUUAAUUGUUUUGAGAGAUUUUCACUCCAAGAAAAACUUUGAUGGCUAAAAUGAUGAAUACUGAACCCCAAAAUGCUUCUUCUGCUGACUGUGGACCUGGACCUGGAGAUGCUGGACCUGGAGAUGUCGAGUGUGAUUUCUGUAUUGGGAGAAAACGCAAGGCCACCAAUUCCUGUCUGGUGUGUCUGGCCUCCUACUGUGAAGAUCAUCUUAAACCUCACUAUCAGUCUGAGACCUUUAAGAGGCACAAGUUAGUUGAAGCCUGUGUAGAUCUCCAAGAGAAGAUCUGCUGUCAGCAUGGCAAACUGAUCGAGCUCUACUGUCAUACUGACCAAAGCUUCAUCUGUUACUUGUGUAUGAUGAAGGAUCAUAAAGGCCACAAAACUGUUCUGACUGAAGAUGAAAGGAAUAAAAAACAGAAUGAGAUCGAGGACAAGCAGAUACAAUUCCAGGAGAGGAUCCAGGAGAAGCAGAAGAAGGUGAAGGACCUGAAACAAACUGUGGAAACUAUCAAGAAGCGUUCACAGGAAGCAGUAGAUGAUACUGAGAAGAUCUUUACUGAGAUAAUCAGUUCCAUAGAGAAAAAGCGCUCGGACGUGACGGAGCUGAUCAGAGCUCGGGAAAAAGCUGAACUGAGUCGAGCAGAACAACCCCUGAAGCAACUGGAGCAGGAGAUCGCUGAUCUUCAGACGAGAAUCAGUGAGCUGGAGCAGCUUUCACACACACCUGAUCACUUCCACUUUCUCCAGAGAUUUCCGUUUCUUUGUGUUUCUCCUGGAUCUGGCAACUCACCCAGCUUCACCGUCAACCAACAACUUUCAUUUGAUGGUGUGAAGACAUCUGUCUUGAAUCUAAAAAAACGAGUCUUGGAACUCUGUUGUGAGGAAUUCAACAAAAUCCUUCCACAUGCUACAGCAAUUCAGAUGAUGUUAUGCUCAAAACCACAAGGCAGAGAUGUUUUUCUGAAGCAUUCAAUUCAUCUAACUCUGGAUCCCAACAGGGCACAUCAUCAGAUCCUUCUAUCUGAGGAGAACAGAGUCGCAACACAUGGAAAGGCAAAACAACGAUACUCUGAUCAUCCAGAGAAAUUUGACUUCAAGUCUCAGGUGUUGUGUAAAGAGAGUGUGUGUGGGCGUGGUUACUGGGAGGUGGAGUGGAGCGGGGUGGGUGUGGAGAUAUCAGUCUCAUAUAAAGACAUCCGCCGGAAAGGAGACGGUGAUGAAAGUUUGUUUGGACGCAACAGUCAGUCCUGGAGUUUGUUGUGUUCUCCUUCCUCAGUCUCGUUUUGGCAUAACAACAAAAAUACUGUGCUCCCAAGUCCUGUGUCCCAUAGAAUAGGAGUGUAUGUGGAUCACAGUGCAGGAACUCUGUCCUUCUACAACGUCUCUGACCCCAUGAGUCUCCUCCACAGAGUCCAAACCACCUUCACUCAGCCGCUAUACCCAGGGUUUAGUGUGUGUAAUUUUUAUUCAGCUGUGAGAUUAUGUGAUUGUUAGUUGAAGUAUCGAAAGUUUAACUGUAAAUCGAAUUCUUGCAGAACUUGCUGUUGAUGGAAACGGCCCGUGUGAAACACAUUUUUUAAUAUAUUUGGGUUUUUUUUGCAUGAUAUUUUUUUGAUAAAUGUUGCUAACUGUAUAAUUACUUAUAAAUAUCUUAUUAAAAGAAAUGUGUUGAUAGUAAGUUUUAGGCAAUUUACUCCUGUAUGGUUUAAAUAAAGGUUUAAAUUCAAAAUAAAAAUGUAAAAGUUAAAAAAACAUGAAAAUUUUUUUGCUUAAUGAUUUUAUAUUUACUUAUACUUUCCACACUUUCCAUAAGUGUUUAAACCAGUGAUUUAUUCCUAAUUUCACUGUGGCACAAAUGGUGGAGAACUUGCA